AUAUAUCGUUUCAAAAACAAAUUAUGUUCUGUUUCUGGUAUGAAAUAUAAAAUGUUUCCACUGCUUAGCGGUGUCAAACACGAUGUGAGCAUCCUGUCAAUGUGUCUCUGGGUGCAGACAGAAGCCAGUGAGAGAAGCUCCUGUUAUGAACUCAGCAUUAUGAUCUGAGUUCAUGUAAUCUGACUGGAAGUUCCCAUCGGACCGAGAUCCCAACAGGACUGUGUUAAUUUCAUCGACUUGGUAUUAACAUGCUUAAUGUGAAUGAAUGAAAACAGUCUUGCUUCUGUUUAAUUAAAUAAAACGUUGUCUUACACUGGUAGUUACUUCCUGUUAGGGAAAAGUGAUGGCUUUUAUUUUGAAGGAAUGCGGUGGUCAACAGGAAGAAACGUUGUGCUGUGAAGGGAAGAGAGGCUGAUGUCACAAGACCCAGACUAUCACAGGUACGGCAUCAGAUCAUCAGCAGGUGUGUGGAGGACCGAGAAGAUGGCCGUCAUCACCGUGCCGACCGGCGGGAGAGGCCCAUUUUCACCACUUCGCCACAUCUGGAAGGCUUUUGGCUUGGCGGCGCCGACACACACGAGUGUCACCGCAGCUCUUGGGACCAUGCAGAUCAUGGCGGGCCUGUUCAACAUCGGACUCGGGCCGGGACGAACCAGCACAGGUUCUGGGGAUCUGAGCAGCUUGGGCGCCGCUUACUGGCUGGGUGCUGUGUUCAUCGUGACCGGGAUCAUGUCCAUCUUGGCCGGACAGUUCCCGUCCUCCUGCCUGGUGGGCUUCGCCGUUUUCAUGAACCUUGCGGGCGCCAUCUUUGCCGUCACCGGCGUCGCGCUGUACGCGGUGGACCUGAGGAAGGCCUCCGUCCUCUGGAUGUGUGAGCGCAGCGACCACGAUGCCGAUCGUCACGGCGACGACGACGACGACGACGACUGCACAAAGGUGGCGCUCUUUGCGCAGGCCGUGUUGACGUCCAUGGACACCACGCUGGUGGCCGCGGCCGUUCUUCACCUCUUUGGGGACGUUGUACUCGCUGUUCUGGGCAUCGAGGCUCUGGUCAGCGGGGAUGAAGGAGGGAGACGUGUGGACCAAGAGGACAAUAAACAAAAUGUGCAACUUGAUUUAGAGGAUUUUCAGAAAGGUGAAGCAAACUGUAGGAGAAUCGUUGCUGUUGGAUACAAUUAGCUGCAAAUUCUGGUGCAGCUAUAGUUCAUGUUUGCUAUUUUCAAUUCAGUAAAAGUCAAAUAAAAUAAAUCUCAACUUUAUUUUGGUUUUGCUUAAUGAAAGUCUCCAUUUUUCUGUGCAAACAGGGUGAUUUUGAAGAUGAGCAGUAAUUCAAGGAUGUCAUUAACCACCCUCUGAAAGUUAUCUUGUUUGAAUAAAAUAUGUAAAAUAAAAGAGAAUCAGUUGUUCAGUUUUA